GCUUCUGAUGGAAGCAGCUCCAGAGAGGAUCUUUCAUCCCAGCUGUUCAGAAGGAACGAGCAGAUAAGAAAACUGGAGGUGAAGCUGUCUGAUUAUGCUGAUCAGAUCCGAAACUUGCAGAAGAUGAAAGAGAAGCUUGAAAAUGCAUUAGAAAAGCAUCAGGAUUCCUCCAUGAGGAAGUUUCAGGAGCAGAACGAAGCCCACCAGGCCAGUCGGGCCAAGAUGGCUGAGGGAAUGGCUGUGGCCCUGGAGAAGAAGGACCAGGAGUGGAUGGAAAAACUGGGUGAAGUUGAAAAGGAAAAAAAGGUGCUCCAAACACAGCUACAAGAAAUGAGGGAGCAAAGUCUAAGCCUCUUCCAGAAACGUGAUGAAAUCGAUGAACUGGAGGGUUUUCAGCAGCAGGAAAUGGCCAAGGUUAAACACAUGCUCUUGAAGAAGGAGGAGUGUCUGAGCAGGAUGGAGCAGGAGCUGCAGGGCGCCAGGAGUGAGGCCUCGGGCCUCAGGAGGGACCUGCAGGAGCUGCAGCAGCGUUUCCUGGGGCUGCAGGCACAGAGAGAUGAACUAAUGACAGCUGAGACAAAUGCAGAAAACAAGAUCACUGCCCUGGAGCUCAGAGAACAGGAGCUACAAACUGUCAUCCAGCAGCUUUCUGUAGACUUGCAAAAUGCUCGAGUUGCUGGUUCUGGUUGUGAGAAGAGACUGGAAGUGCUGCAGGCAGAGCACGAGUCUCUGAAGGUGGAAUAUGAACAACACAAGCAAAAGGUGACCUUUGAAUCUUCUGAGAGAAAUAAACUUACUGAACAGCUGCAGGAAAAAGUGUCUUCCCUGGAAAAGAAGCUAGAAAGUAACCUCUCAGGAGAUGAACAUGUGCAGGAGCUGCUCAAAGAGAAAGCAGCUCUUGAGCAGAGGCUGGAUGAGAGCAGGCAGCAGGUGCUGACAGACAGAGCACAUCACACCGAGACCGUGAGCAGGUUGGAGACACAGAAUAGGGAACUGGAACAGAAACUACAGAGUGCAACAGAAGCCUUGGAAAGUAGCAAAGAAGCAGCUGCUGAGCAGGAUCUGAAGCUGCAGAAAGUGCAAACUGGUCUGGAGGAGGAAAGAAGUCAACUGCAGCAACAGAUUUUGAGUGAGAAACAUCAGUAUGAUCAGAAAGUCACUUGGUUGGAGUCUCAGGUUGCUGCUCUUGAAAAAGCUUGGGAAUUCGACAAAACAGCAACUCAGCACAGGAUUAGCCAGCUGGAAAGGGAAAACGAGUAUCUUAGUGGAAGCAGAGAAGAGUAUGAGAGCUCUUUAAAAGAGCAAAAGGCUGAACUGGACAGGCUGAAGAAUGAGUUGAGCAGCAGAGAGACUGUCAAUGUGGAAAUCGCCAAAGCCUUGGAGGAAACCAGGAAACAGAGAGAGGAGCUGCAGCAGCAGGUCUCACACCUGAAUUCCCUAAUAAAGGAGAAAGAGCAGGUGAUCGAUGAAAAAAGUGAUCUGCUGCUAAAACAGAAGGAAGAACUGAACCAGCUCAGUCAAGGGCAUGAGGCUGUCCUGCUGCAGCUGCAGCAGCUGCAGUCUGAGGCUGAGAUGAGCCGGAGCCGCACGGCUGAGCGGGAGGAGGCGACGAGGCAGGAGAUGGCCCAGCUGAAGUCACAGGUGCAGGAGUGCCUGUUGGCCAGAGAGCACGAGAGAAACGUUCUAGAACUGGAGGAGUCGACAAGGGCCCUGGACACUGAGCAUUUCCCUGCUCCAGAAACCCACGUGGGGGAACAGAACGGGGAGGUGGCAGCUGCAGAUAUUCUUCAGCUUCAGAAGGAUAACAGAGAGCUGGAACAGCAAAUUGCUGAGAAAAACAAGGUGAUAAAGCAGCUGCAGCAAAGAAUGACAGAACUCAAGAAAACCCUCCAGAAAGAGCUGAAGAUAAGGCCUGACAGUGAGGUCCCUGAGCUGCGAGAGAAAGCAAACUCUGAAGUGCCUAAUGCUUCUGUGACUGUCACCAACAACGCGGAUUUGAACGACUCCAGGGAGAUCAACUUCGAGUACCUGAAGCAUGUUGUACUGAAGUUCAUGUCCUGUCGGGAGUCUGAGGCAUUCCACCUCAUUAAAGCUGUGUCUGUGUUACUGAAUUUUUCACAAGAGGAGGAGAACAUGCUUAAGGAGACUCUGGAGUACAAGAUGUCGUGGUUUGGGUCGAAGCCGUCUCCCAAGGGCAGCAUCCGCCCGUCCAUCUCCAGCCCGGGGACUCUGUGGCCUUAA